AUGAAUUCGGAAGCGCCGUUGCUUUCAGAGGAUGAUUAUUCUAUUAAUUCGAGGUAAUCCUUGAAACAAAUAAUAAUGGUUUGCAGUGUUUCCGAAGUGAUGAUUGAUCUCUCUGGCCGGGAUAUGACCUCAUUCCCUGAGGGCUUUAUGGACCUGGACGACAUUGAGGAGACUUCCGAGCUAGAUAUAAGUCAUAACCGGUUCUCAGAAUGCCCCAACGAUCUCUUUAAACUCACAAAUCUGGUUUCGUAAGUGUAAAGUUGUUAAGGAGGUGUUGCGUCUAGACUUGACUUCAGUUACAAUGAUCUGCUUUCUCUGCCCAACAAGAUCGCCGCCUUGCAACAGUUGAAACGCCUGGAUCUCAGACACAAUCAACUCAAAACGUUACCCGAUGGCUUUGAAAAACUAAGAAAUCUAGAAGUUUUAAUUUUAUCUGGCAAUCAAUUUCAACAAAUGCCUCAGGUCAUAUUCAGACUCCCAAGACUAAAGGAAUUACAAAUGGGAGGAAAUCAUUUGACUGAGAUUCCCUCUGAGAUCUGUCAACUAGUCAAGUAAGUGCAUAUUUUCUGAGCCAUACUACCUACUGUUUUUUUUUGUUUUCAGUAGGGUCGAAGUUGAAUUAAAGAACCGUAAAUCCAUUACUUUCGGAAAAAAAUCAAAAACUUACAGUGUUAAAUUUUUUUUAACAUAAGGGUGUUGUGGCAAGCCCGGGUUAGAAUUUUGCGUACAGCAGUUUGGAAUCAAAAAACAGAGAAAAAUCCACUCCUGGGGUGAAACCCGGAGGGCAUAGAUAUGAAAAAUUUUCAAAAUCCGUAAAGUUGGGGGAAGGGUUUGUCCACAAACAGAGGUGAAGUUUGCCGCGUCCCUGCUUUUCGGGUCGACGACAGUUCGGGUCAAUCGAACUGUCGUAUCUAUACGGGGCAUAUGGAAAAAAAGGCAACCGCAAAAGUAAGAUUUUAUUUUUUUGUGUGUGGUUAAUUUUUACUGUUCUAACGGGUGAACCUGAGGAUUCAGGGAAAAAGGAAUUUUAACGUUUGGCCCAAAACUAAAGAAGUUAUAGCCAAUUCCCUGGCCACAAAGAUGGCGCACCCUGUACAAAAAUUUUCCAAAAAAAGUUCGAUUUGACAAUCAAAAUGACAGAAAAUUUUGACGUGACAAAAUGGCGUCAAUUUGCCAACGUGACUGACGCGUCGAGUUGACGACUUAACAACCCUAGUUUUUAGCCUUGAGAUCUUAUAUUUGGGAGACAAUCAGCUGAUAUCCCUGCCAGAAUCCAUGGGUACCCUUCCCAAACUUACCGCUUUAGCAUUAGCCGUGAAUCGCCUAGAAACUCUCCCGGUCAGUUUUGAGAGAUUACACUCUCUGAGGACAUUAACUCUCCAUAAUAACAAGAUAAAGGUAAUUUUGGUAAAAUACGGUAUUUUACUCCCUUCAGGCUUUACCCACAGGAAUCACAAGGCUUCAGAACCUGGAGCAAUUAAAUAUCCGGUCAAAUCCGUUGAGUAAGUUAUCAUUCCAAGAAAAUCAUCUGAUUAUAGUUACGGACUUUGUUAACAAUAUGACAUUUGAACCGGCUAGUCUAACGGAAUUAGCAGCAAGGAUCGUGAAGUUGAAAAUGAUCAGGCACAUCAUGGUUUUGCCUCCACAUCUCCGUCAUUAUCUCAGCACUGCCAAUCAAUGUGUUAAUCCCAAAUGCAAGGGAGUUUAUUUUGAAGCCAAGCAGGAACAUAUCAAGUUCGUGGACUUUUGCGGGAAAUAUCGAGUACCUCUAAUGCAGUACCUCUGGUAAGCUUUUUUCUUACCCGACCCUUGGGUGUUAUUAUACUUAUUUGUUGUGUUACAGCUCUAGUACAUGCUCCUCAAACAGUCCCGCUUAUGCAUUAUCAUCGUCUGGGGAAUCUGAAGAUGAAGCCGAGCUACCAUCGACGUCGCAACAGAAAAUGCGGAAGGUUUUAUUGGGGUGA